AUGCAAGUACACGGACCAAAGCAUUUAAAAAACAUUGAGAAUCAAGUUUUAGAGAGAUUGAAAAACGUAAGGAAAAUUACCGGAAAGAAAAUGAUUCUCGCCAACAAGCAAAAAUACUUUGACGAAGUUCUAGAGAUAUAUCGUACUGCACUUACAGAAUUGAUUAGAAGUUCAACCACUUACUCAACAAUAUUAUCAGACAUCAAAGAUUCUUAUGAAGGUUCAUUGCAAAUCAGAGAUGAACGAAUUAAACAAUUUAUCAUUCAUGAUUUAUAUGCCAUGCCGGGCACAAAAGAUAAACUUGCUACAUGUAACGAGAUCUAUGUAUUAGAUGGAGGAUUUUCUUCGCAAUUGUCUCGUCACGUUGGAUCUAAAAUAGACGGUGAUCCUCUAUGGACUGCGAGGUUCUUGCAGACACAUCCAGAAGAAAUUGUUAAAACUCACCUAGAUUUCCUUAGAGCUGGUUCAGACAUUAUAUCUACCAACACUUACCAGGCGUCAAUUAGUGCUUUCGUUAAACACCUCGGAGUGUCUGUCGAAGAGGGAUUCAAUUUAAUAAAGCGCGCUGUACAUUUGGCUCAGCGAGCGAGAGAUACCUAUACAGAAGAGUGUAAGUCUUAUCAUUCAAAACUUCGUAAGAUAUUAAUUGCGGGAUCUGUAGGGCCGUACGGAGCCACUUUAAACGAUGGAUCAGAAUACAGUGGAAACUAUAUAGACGAAAUUCCUGAAAAAGAGAUCAAAGACUGGCACAAGCCAAGAUUAGAUGCAUUAGUUGAGGCUGGGGUGGAUAUAAUUGCUUUCGAGACGAUUCCUUGUGACAAGGAAGCUUUAAUUUUAAUAGACAUGUUAAAAGACUACCCUCUAGUAAAGGCGUGGGUUUCUUUCAGCUGUAAAGAUGAUAAGAGUCUAUCCCAUGGUGAAAAUUUUUCUGAGGUAGCAAUGAAAUGCUGGGUAAGAAAUCCUGAUCAAGUUCUUGCAGUAGGUGUGAAUUGCUGUUCUCCAAAAAUUGUCACUAAGUUGACAGCGGGGCUUGAAAGUCAGUUACCAAUAGUCAUUUAUCCUAAUUCAGGGGAAAAGUUUGUUCCUGAAUCGGGUUGGAAGGAUGACCAGUGCCAACCAUUGCAUAUGUUUGUAAAAGAUUGGCUUCAGCUAAACAGAGUAUUUGGAGUUACUGCAAAUAAAGAUCAGCAUGAUUUGGAAAGAAAACACUUAAUUAAAGAAAAUAAUGCCUUGAAAGAGAGCAAUCUCAACUUAAAUUUUGAAGUCAUUAAGUUGAAGAAAGAAAUGGGAAUGUUGAAAGAUGAGAGUUUCUCCGACUAUCUGUCGUUGAUGAGAGAACGAGACGCACGUUAUACUCUUUACUUUGAGAAUGUUUCCCUACACCUCAAACUAAAAGAGCUGACUGGCACCAACUGUCCAUCUGAGGAGGCCCAAUCGGACCCAGUCAUCUUGAGGAUCGCCCUGGACAGAUGUCGCGAUCAGCUCACUUCGACUCAAACCGAGCUUAAGAGGAUGAGAGAAGAGUACGCCGAGACAGUGCCUCGACGCGAUCACGACUGGCUCGAAGCCAAAUACUUUGACCUGGAGAAGCAGCUGCGAGCCGUCCACGCUGAAUACGACGAAUUGCAGAAUAACCAUAAGAGAAUCACAGCGCUUAAGAAAAGCAUCGAAGAAGAAUUAAUAGAAUGUAGAGAUCGCUGCAGAGAGCUGGAGAGAGCCGGUACUCCUCGACCCCAUUGGGAGAUCUGCGCUGACUUCAUAGGAGGCGGGAGGGAAAGAUGGUGGCAGCUGGCAAACGAUUUAUCGUCACGCAAUAAGCUACGCGCUCUUCUGAAAGAAUUCGGUCCCGCCGCUGAGAGUGAACAUUUGGAGUACUUCGAUGGUCUGGGCACAGAUCCAGCCAUUCCGCCCUAUCUUCGCUACGAAGGCAAGGUGCGGAAUCUACGCAUCUCCAGGCGCGAAGUAAGCGUGGUGAUCAACGACGUGUGGCUGGGAAAAUCGCGACACGGGCAAGCCAUGACAAUGCAGGACUAUCUGACGAAGUACUUCGAAGACCGAUACCAACAGUCGUCAGUGCGUGCGGAAUGGGCGUACAACGUGUGCGCGGGCGCGGAGCAAAUGCUUGACGAACCACAAGUCAAGUUGUUCUGGGGUGUGCUGCACGGACACCUUGGCGAGGACAUCUACUGGGGGCUGCGGGCUCAAUGGAUGUUGCUCAAGGACCAGCUCCAUAAGCAUAGCAAGGACGGGGAGACAAUUACGCUAGAUGAAUUUGAAAGAGUAGCCCGAGCGAGCUUCUCGUUAAAAAGUGAAGUUGAUAUCAAGAACAUGGUAGAUGUCGUCAAGAAGCAGCUUAAAAUGAAGAUCAAUUCCAACGAAAUAAACUUGGACAAGCUCUUGCGAGAAAAUGAAGAGGGAUUCGACCGAGUUGAACUGGCUCGUGAGUUGUUUCGACAGCGGCAACUGGCGCAGGACAAGUACAUUCGCGAGGUGGUCGCCGAGUUAGGAGGCCAUCAUGGUAGCCGGGCUGUCAGCGUCGAUAACCUGAAGCGAGCGUUUGCCCUCGUGGAUCCAGCUAUCAAUCACAUCCGCAUGGAGAGAUAUAUUCGCUGGGCGUUUUCUAACCAAACGUCGGAAUUGAGCGCCAUCUCUCCGUUGCCCUUGCGCACCAUCGUUGCUAGAUUAGCUGCCGGAGAUAUUGAAAGAGUUGGUCCGCGAUCGAAGGCGCCUCGUCGACAUUAUAAAUGA